AUGGAGCGGGCGCGCGGCCCGCGGGUCGAGGCCGGGGCGCCCGAGGACACCGAGGAGGAAGGGGAGGUGGGGCCCGCGAUGGCUGCCGUGGUGGCGGCGGCGGGCGGCGCUGGACCGGCGAUCCUGCAGGUGGCCGGCCUCUACCGGGGCUUGUGCGCGGUGCGCAGCCGUGCCCUGGGCCUGGGGCUCGUGUCACCCGCGCAGCUGCGCGUGUUCCCUGUGCGCGGCGCCUCCCGCCAGCCCGCGGGGGGUGACGGCGGCGGCGGCGGGGUCGAGGCCGAGCUUGAGGCCAACCCUUUCUACGACCGGUACCGCGACAAGAUCCAGCAGCUGCGCAGGUCUGACCCAGCUGCUUUUGAGUCUCGACUAGAGAAGCGCAGUGAGUUUCGGAAGCAGCCCUUGGGGCACUCCAGGCAAGGUGAUUUCAUCAAAUGUGUGGAACAGAAGGAAAACACUUUGGGGAAACAGCCUAUGAGCAGAGGAUUCACUAAGGACAAGACUCUCAGUUCAAUCUUUAACAUUGAGAUGGUGAAAGACAAAACUGCAGAAGAAAUAAAGCAGAUUUGGCAGCAGUAUUUUGCAGCAAAAGAUACAGUCUACGCAGUUAUUCCUGAAGAGAAGUUUGAUUUGAUCUGGAACCGGGCUCAGUCCUGUCCAACAUUUCUUUGUGCACUACCAAGAAGGGAAGGCUAUGAGUUCUUUGUAGGACAGUGGUCAGGCACUGAACUUCACUUCACUGCACUUAUAAAUAUCCAGACCCGAGGGGAAGCUGCGGCCAGCCAGCUGAUUUUAUAUCACUACCCUGAACUUAAGGAAGAAAAGGGCAUAGUACUGAUGACAGCAGAAAUGGAUUCUACAUUUCUGAAUGUUGCCGAGGCACAGUGCAUUGCCAAUCAAGUUCAGCUCUUCUAUGCCACUGAUCGGAAGGAGACCUAUGGGUUAGUGGAGACUUUUAACUUCAGACCAAAUGACUUCAAAUAUAUGUCUGUCAUCGCUGAAUUGGAGCAAAGUGGACUUGGAGCGGAAUUGAAAUGUGUCCAGAACCAGAAGAAGACUUAG